AUGGGGGGCGGAGCGCCGACAAGGCGGCAGGACGCGAGCGAGGAGGGGGCCCUGGAGUGGAGGAGAUUACCUGCCUACGUUGACAGCCAGUGUAUGGAUAUUAUCACGAAGUUUGCGAGCACCAGCGUGAUAGCACACAAACAAAACACAGAGUUCGCCGCCGGACCGCGACGACAUCAGCAAGCCAGUGAGCCGCUAGCCAUGGCCGCAGCGUCCACCUCCACCGCGCCGCUCCCGCUCGACGGCCGCGUCGCGCUCGUCACGGGCGGCUCCCGUGGCAUCGGCCGCGAGGUGUCGUCCCACCUCGCCGCGCUCGGCGCGCGCGUCGUGGUCAACUACGCCUCCAACCCGGCCAAGGCCGACGAGCUCGUCGCGGAGCUCGCAUCGCGGGGCCUCCGCGCCGUGGCCGCCCGCGCGGACGUCUCCGACCCGGACGCCGUGCGCGCGCUCUUCGACCGCGCCGAGGAGGCGUUCGGUUCCCCGCCGCACAUCGUGGUGGCCUGCGCGGGCAUCCUGGACCCCAAGUACCCGGCGCUCGCCGACACCGCCGUCGAGGACUUCGACGCCACGUUCGCGGUGAACACGCGCGGCAAGUUCCUGGUGUGCCGGGAGGCCGCCCGGCGCAUCCCGCCCCACAGCGGCGGGCGCAUCGUGGCGUUCUCGUCGACGACGGUCGCCGCGCUCCCGCCGGGGUACGGGGCGUACGUGGCGAGCAACGCCGCCGUGGAGGCCAUGACGAGGAUCCUGGCCAAGGAGGUGGCAGCGAAGGGGAUCACGGCGAACGUGGUGGCGCCGGGGCCCGUGCGCACGGAGCUGUUCCUGGCGGGCAAGGACGAAGCGUUCAUAGAGAGGGUGGCCAAGAAUUCCAUGGGGCGCAUCGCCGAGACGACGGACAUCGCGCCCGUGGUGGCGUUCCUGGCGAGCGAUGCCUCGUCCUGGGUGAACGGCCAGGUAAUAAGGGUCAACGGCGGCGUCGCGUGAGUGCGCUGGUAUGGCAAGGGUUGGGAAUUGGGAUAUGGCAAAGGGUUCCUAAGAUCCUGCCAUCCUUGUAUGCUGGCGUGUUCACUGUAUGGCAUUUUUUUUGGUCUAGGCUGAGUGCUACAAAAAUAUUCAGCAGUGCCAUGCAUUUCUUAAGAACAUAUGUCCUGUCUGUGACUCUGAGUAACAAAGUUUUUCAUCUCAA